ACUCUCAUCAGUUCCUUUCCAUUUUUGCUUGAGCAAUUCCUCAAAAGAUUCGAUCUUCCAUUAUAAUGGUCCUCAUUAGAAGAGCUCCAUAUAAUGGAAGAUUGAAUCUUUUGAUUAAUACCCAAAAGAUGAAAAUUUUGACUCUAGCUAUCAUCGUACCCACUUCUCUCUUGCUCUGGAUGAGGCACCUGGAAAGAAAAUGGCACCUUCUUGUCAUAAGUUUGGUACUUCUGUUAGCUGUGCUAGUGCUGGGGUUAAGCUUACCAUGUUCAGAUGCUAUUCAGAUGAAUAAGGUUAAGACCAGGACUAGCGUUUAUGUCUCCCCUAAGUUUGUGUUGGAACCAGGGUCAGUUGCAGACAAGUAUUUCUAUAACAUUCACUUUCCAAGAGGUCAUAUUGCUAUGAAGUAUUUCAAUGCUGAAGUGAUCGAUGAACAAGGGAAUCCUAUUCCUCUUCAUGAGACUUAUCUGCAUCAUUGGGUUAUUGAAAGAUAUUACGCCCAGGCAAGUUAUGUGGAACCAGAGCUGAAUGGUUUCGAGGAUAUUAAAGAUCCGGAUUUUAAGAUUGUGAGAAAUAGUGGAUUGUGCCAGAAUAAUGUUCUUGGUCAGUACUAUGGACUCGGGUCAGAAACUAGAAAGACAGAUACACAUGUACUGGAUCCUUUUGGAAUAGAGAUUGGCAACCCUGCAGAGAUUCCUGCUGGAUAUGAGGAGAGAUGGAUGCUCAAUGUUCAUGCUAUUGAUACUCGGGGCGCAGAGGAUAGGUUGGGAUGCACUGAAUGCAGGUGUGAUCUGUAUAAUGUAACAAAAGAUGGACGAGGUCAGCCGUUGAGGCCAGGGUACACGGGGGGUUUGCACUGCUGUUAUGAUGGUACACGGUGCAGCGUCAAACAAGGCUAUAAUGGUGUCAAGAGAAGCCUCUACUUGAGAUACACUGUGAAGUGGGUUGAUUGGUCUGAUUCUAUUGUGCCUGUCAAGAUUUAUAUCUUUGAUGUCACUGAUAGAACGGAUCAUUCAGGAGGACUGUCUCUUCAACAUGAUUGCCAGAUCGAAUAUGUUGUUGAGUCUUGCAGUACUGUUGAUAUGGUAAAUGAUCAAUGCUUUGACAAUCAAAGGGCAAUGAUUACUAUGCCAACUGGUGGUUAUAUCGUAUAUGGUGUAGCCCAUCAGCACACUGGGGGGCGCGGCUCAACUCUAUAUGGAGAGGACGGACGGGUUCUAUGUUCAUCAGUACCAAUAUAUGGGCAAAGCGAGGAAGUAGGAGACGAGGCUGGUUACAUUGUAGGAAUGUCAACUUGCUAUCCACAUCCGGGCUCUGUCAAAAUAAAGGAUGGGGAGACUCUGGUUGUGGGAUCUAAUUACAGCAGCUCGCGGCCGCAUAUCGGAGUCAUGGGCCUCUUCUACAUUUUGGUUGCAGAGCACUUGCCAAAGUCCUCCUUGCUUAGCUUGGACUCUUCACUUUGAGUAGGACACUGUUAAACAUUAAGGCUACUGGAUCCAAGUCUAGAUGAUUUGUUGAAUAUCAAAUUUCAUAUUCUCCAUCCUUAUUUAAGCUAACCAAUCUGGUAAUCAUAUCAAAUAUAAAAUUCCGCAUUAAAACUUA